UCGUGUCUCUGAAAAGAGAAGUUGGAGUAUUUGUGAUCGUUUGUUGGCGUACCGUCAUGAGGACUGAUUUGAUCUCAGUACUGUUAUCAGCUCUGAUCUGCGGUGGAAACUCUUACGUGUUUUACUUCAUCCCUGAUGUCAUGAACUGGACCGAAGCUCAGACGUACUGCAGACAGCAUCACACCGAUCUCGCCACCGUUAAUGACCAGACUGACCUCGAUGAGCUGUUAAAAACUCUUCCAGAGGGUUUUAAGGCUAACAUUUGGAUUGGACUCUAUCUAAAGGACGGGAAAGCUCCGUGGGUCUUUUCCGAUGGGAGCAAUUCCCAGUUCAGACUCUGGCUUUCUGGCCAACCAAACAAUUAUGGUGGCAACCAGUACUGCGUGUACUCUGAACCCAACGGGUAUUGGAACGACUGGAAGUGUACAGAUGAAUUUGCAUUUAUUUGCUACGUAGAGAAAAAGAGAGAGAUCUUGAGACUGGAGGUGAGAUCAAGUCAAAAUGUGAAUGAUCCUACACUGAAGAAAGAGAUUUUGACUAAGGUAGAGCGGAUCUUGAGGGAAAACGGGCUGAGAGAAGAUGCUAAGCUCUCGUGGAUGAUGUUUUCUGGUGACGCUGCUUUUCACGGGACGUGGUAUCAGAAGAAGAAUUUCUCGAAUUCGCACUGCUGAAACGGGAAACAUGAAAUGAUUGUCUCGUAGUAGCAUUAUCCUCAUGUUUCUACCAACCCACAUUUUGAAAACCGCUUCACACUGUUGAAAGUUUGUUAAAAGAGUUUAAAAAGAAAAUAAAAACUGGGAAACAAGAUGGGGUCGAGGUGAAUAUCUGUCCUGCAGAGUUUUAGUUUUGUCAUUGUACCAUUAAACUUAGUUUAAACACAAGUCAUCUGUGACCCAAAUGUAUGUUUCUUAAACAUUUUUUUAAAAAGCCGUAAUGUCUGCCCUGUAGGAGACAACAAUGGCUCAGCGUCAUCAAACAGGUCAAAAGUGGGUUUUACUGAACUUGAAUGGCAGACAGUUAGACAGUAUUUGAUCACCGAAUGCCGUCAGCCAGAAUAUUCGAAAGCCAUACUUUAAUAUGAAGAACGCGCAUUGUAAACCGAUCUUUUUAGGCGUUGUGUGUGUGUGUGUGUGUGUAUAUAUAACUGUAUUUCUGUAUAUUCAUCAAUUUUAAGGAUGUAAUCUUCAUUUCAUCUUACAUGUAAUGCCUGAUAAAACCUAAUCAAAAGUAUGCGAGCGGAGCAUUGUAUUGUAUAGCUGUUACCAGGGCAACCGAUCCACCACUUCAACGGCGCCUCCUGCUGGCAGAGAAUGAAUGUGCAUAUAUAUAUACUGUAUGCCGCCACAAAUAAAACACAAAACA